AUGGAGCCUGUCAAUCUCAACACAUUCGUGUUUUCAAAACCCACUGGUAACCGCGAUAUGACUACAGAGGAAUGGCGGAAUAAAACGGAAAUGUAUCAAAUCAAUCAGUGCAACUACACGUCUCUAGGACUUCAACAAUCAUUCGAAAUAUUGGAUAUCAAUGCUGAAAACACACCAACGGAGGAUUCCGAAAUUGUAAAAGUGAAAAAGGAAAACCAAAUAUUGAGACGAGAAAAUGAAAUGCUCCGUCUCUCGGAGAGCAAUUUAAAACGGGAAAUUUUGGAGAUUCGAAAAUCAAUUGCACACACUACCCAGCAAUUGGAUUUUGAGAGACAAAUGUCACAAUCAGAAUUGAAGGCUCAAGAAUCUCGAAUGAGGUUAGAAAUGCAGAGACUACAAAAUGACUGGUUGUCAUUUCAAAAGCAACUCGAAUCAAAAUAUACUCUACUAGCAUUGUCUUGUCAGAAGCUUGAGCUCGAGAACAGAAAUCUGAAGGUUCAGCACGAAUUGAAACUUCAAGAGGCAAUAACUCACAUUGAGCAACUGGAUCAAGUGAUUGAGAAGAAAAACCGUGAGAUUGAUGAGAUGACUGCGUACAUCACGGAGCAAGAACAAGCAGCGUACAGAUUCCGUGGAAAGCGAGCAACGAGAAAACUGUUCAAUGAGCGAGAUGAUGCUCUGCUAUUUGGCGACAAAAAUAAGGUGGAAGAAACAUGUGAAAAGAUCAAAGCAUUGGAUGAGUUAAUAAAAAGUGGGCAUGAAGUCGAUUAA